AUGAAAAGCCCGCGGGAACUUGCCGACCAAUCCAAGUAUUACCGCUUCCGUCGGCAAAGCGGGCAUGAUACUGAGGAGUGCCGCGAGCUGAAGCGGCAAAUCGAGGAGCUCGUCCGUAGAGGACACCUCGAUCGGUACAUCCGACAGAAUAGGGAACUUUCGCCCCAUCCGGAGGGCCCCGUUGAGCGCCACAUCGACGUCAUCGCAGGUGGCCCAGCAUCCGGAGGGAUCAGUAUAUCCAGAAGGAAGGCCUACGCCCGCUCCGCCAGGGCUGAUGCUCCCCAGCGCAGCCCCGACCCCGAGGUCGCGUUCCCUCCCGAGGGCGCUAAGCGAUCAGGGCAUGACGAUGCACUCGUAAUAACGACUCGGAUAGCUAACACCCAAGUGAGGAGGAUCAUGAUCGACACGGGGAGCUCAGCCAACGUGCUCUAUCUUGACACUUUCUAG